GGCGCCGCCCUGCCGGUGACGCGUCAUACCGCAGCGUCUCUGGCGCCGCCCUGCCGGUGACGCGUCAUACCGCAGCGUCUCUGGCGCCGCCCUGCCGGUGACGCGUCAUACCGCAGCGUCUCUGGCGCCGCCCUGCCGGUGACGCGGCGCGCCGCAGCCUUUGUCCGGCCCGCCUCCCCUGACUGACUUCCUGGUGCGUUUCAAACGGCUGCCGAGCGGGUUUUGUAAGAAAAAGUUCAAAAGUAGUUCAGGACCCUGUGAGGAAAUGGAUGAACCCGGAGACGAGGCCCCGGUCCCGGUGUGAAGUCUGCUCGGUGUCUACACCCCGCGUCACUUAGGAUUCACGGUUCGCGGCACGUGUUUCGCGGGCUGACGCGUGGACGAGACGCCGCGGGGAACUAACAGGACGCGCUCCCUGCUAGCUGCUGCUAGCCACGUAGCUAGCGAGCUAGCAGGCGGUUGCUUUUGGAGUUAGCUUAGCGGAAGGAGGUGCUGAGAGGAGGACAACAUGGAGAACAAGGACAGAGUACAGAUGAGGAACCACCCGCGCAGACAGCUGAAGAAGCUGAGCGAGGACAGCCUCACCAAGCAGCCAGAGGAAGUCUUUGACGUCCUGGAGAAGUUGGGUGAAGGGUCGUAUGGUUGUGUGUUCAAAGCCCAUUACAAAGAGACCGGGGAGAUCGUAGCCAUCAAGCAGGUUCCCGUGGAGUCGGACCUGCAGGAGAUCAUCAAGGAGAUCUCCAUCAUGCAGCAGUGCAACAGCCCUCACGUGGUGCGCUACUACGGCAGCUACUUCAAGAACAGCGACCUGUGGAUCGUCAUGGAGUACUGUGGAGCCGGAUCGGUCUCUGACAUCAUCCGGCUACGCAACAAGACGAUAACGGAGGAGGAGAUCUGCGCCAUCCUGCAGUCCACUCUGAAGGGUCUGGAGUAUCUUCACUUCAUGAGGAAGAUCCACAGGGACAUCAAAGCGGGAAACAUCCUGCUGAACUCGGAGGGUCAGGCCAAGCUGGCCGACUUCGGCGUGGCCGGACAGCUCACGGACACCAUGGCCAAGAGGAACACGGUGAUCGGCACGCCCUUCUGGAUGGCUCCGGAGGUCAUACAGGAGAUCGGGUACAACUGCGUGGCAGACAUCUGGUCCCUGGGCAUCACGGCCAUAGAGAUGGCCGAGGGCAAGCCGCCGUACGCCGACAUACACCCCAUGAGGGCCAUCUUCAUGAUUCCCACCAACCCUCCGCCGACCUUCAGGAAUCCCGAUCUGUGGUCGCCGUCCUUCCAGGACUUUGUCAGCCAGUGUUUGGUGAAGAACCCUGAAAACAGGGCGACGGCCACCCAGCUGCUGCAGCAUCCCUUCAUCAAGUGUCCUAAGCCCAGCUCGGUCCUCAGAGCUCUGAUCACAGACGCCAUGGAGAUCAAACUGAAAAGACAAGAGGAGGCCGAGCAGAGACAGCAGGAGGACGAAGACAACUCGGACGAGGACGAGGUGGACCAGGGCACGAUGGUGCGGGCGGGGGCCGGUGACUCGGGGACCGUCCGGGUCGCCGGCUCGUUGUCGGGUUCCCUCGGCGGCACGGCUCGGACCAUGAUCGCCCACGACGACGAUGGCGACACGGGGACCAUGAGGUCACAGCUGGGCACCAUGGUCAUCAACUCGGACGAAGAGGACGAGGAAGAAGCCGGCACCAUGAAGAGGAGAGACGAGACGAUGCAGCCGGCCAAGCCGUCCUUCCUGCAGUACUUUGAGCAGAAGGAGAAGGAGGCCAACAGCCACAGGGAGGGGGGGGGAGACCCGGCAGACCACCGCGGGCUGCCUGAAGGAGACCUCCAGGUGGUGAGCUUGUGGUCGGUGGAGGAGCUUCGCCUCCGUCUGGCCUCUCUGGACCCUCAGAUGGAGCAGGAGAUCGAGGAGAUCCGGCGCCGCUACCAGACCAAGAGGAGGCCCAUCAUGGACGCCAUUGAGGCCAAGAAGCGUCGGCAGCAGAACUUCUGAGGGGGGAACCACUGAAGAAGAACCUCCGACCUCUGAACUCUGCAGAUCUUCCUCUUUGUUAUACUGGAUUAAUUCUUCUUCUUCACGUCGGUACGUCAUUGCUUAAGGUACCGGAGGUUCACGUCAUCUCUGGACUUCAAGAAACCUUGAACCUUCUGGAAAAGUUUAAGUAAAAACUAGAACUGAUAAACUGAUCCAGGCCCGUUGCCCCGGUGACCAAUAAUAAGGAAGGGAAUGUUUUUAUUCUUCAUCACUCAGCUGAACGUCUUCAUCACUGAGCAGAACUUGUUCCUGUUUGUUGGGUUUUCUACUUACGUCUUUUAAUGUUCAUAACUCAUGGUGUUUUAUUUAGAUGGACUCUGGUGUCGACGUAAUCAGAUAUUAUGAAUCCAGCAACAACACAACAUUUACAUACAAAUAUUCCUGAAAAGAUCAAAGAGCUGCAUAUUGAUAUGAAAUCAACAUUUCUAUCAUAUAUUUGUGUCACUGCUCAACCACUUCAGGUAUUUAUCCCCCCAAUCAAAAGAUCGACGUUGAGACAUUUACAUCUAUUCUGAAAUGCAAUAAAGUCAGUUUAAAGGAA